ACGUUCAUUUCUUGCGCGUCGCUCACUAACGCCGCACACGCUUACUGAGUUUAUCCUGAGCGUUUUCCACAAGUAGUAUACUACAGCAACAAUCUCCCUUGCCCAACGAGAGGCCUCCAGAAAAAGUUCCGUCCGUUCGUUCGUCUGUUCCGAUCCAUCCAUCGGUUUCUGAGUGGUGCUGCUGCUUGUGUGACUCAAAGAAACCAACCAGCCAAGUUUUCUUCUCGCGUAUCGCGUCGCAACCACCUAAGCCAGAAAGGCAAGACAGACUCGAUUUUAGUCCAAGUUUGAAAGUUGGAGCACUUAGUAGUACUUCUUCUAUAGUGUAGUAGCGAGCGAGUAAGCGUGGCAGUAUUCCGGCGGAAUUUGGGCCCGGAAGCUUGAAAAGUGCCGGUGAAAGCGUUCUUGUCAUUUGUCGUUGGCAGGUUUGCUGUUCUGUUGUACCGAGAAAAAUUUGUAUGCAAGUGUGGUUAAGCGGAAAAAGCUACAAAUUUGGUGUGUCUAGAACGUGUUCGGUGUUAAACCUGAAGAAGACAGCCUACUGAGACUAACCGUAGUGUGGUGGUUCGUUUGGAUUUUCAAAGUUAGGGGGAUUUGACGGACAUCACCUGGCAGAUUUUUAACAACCUUCGAGGCGUCUAAAGAACGGCAGAAUAUGUAUGUGUUCGGUGUUCGGGUGCCUCGCGCUGUUGUGUGUAAUUAAUUUUCUUCCCUGCUGCUGAGCUUCAGUGGUGGGUGCUGGGUAGUUCAUUAAACUUUUAUUCAAUUUUUCCGUGCAAGUGUUGGCGUCGGCUAUUGUUUUGCUUCGUUCAUGGAAAGAUCACUGGAGAUUGAAUCAAGAUACCACACCAUCAUCAACUGCAUGUUGUUGAAUCAUCCAUCGGACAGGUUUUUAUUAUUGUGAUAAAUUGUGAUUGUGGAUGAAACUGCAAUACAAGCGAAAAUCAAAACGCUCACGGGAAAGUACCGGUUCGAGUGCAUUUGUGAAAACAAACGGUCUCUACGAGGCAAAAGUAAUCAAUUAGGACCGAGAGAAAAAAACAAGCAAUUGAGCACGUGCUUAGUAGAUUGGAGCAUAGCAACCGAUGGACAUUCGUGCGUGAUUUUCACAUCAGCCUGCUUCCCUCAUCAAAGGAGGCGUUUUCGAAAAACGUCACUACACUGUUCUCAAUCAACCGGGACCAUAUCAACAAGUGGUUGCUUCGAUGACACGCUGAGAAUUUCGUUAGCAACAUUACACGCGAGUAUAUCGAUAGCGUGCUUUCUUGAAUGAAAGAGCACGCCGAGACGAAGAAAAGAACGAUUUAAAUCGGGCGGAUUUAUGCCGCGCUACCGUUUUCGGGAUAACUUAAACCGACUGAUGCCUUACCAAUUAUGAAGUACUACGCUACACGCUUCAGAAAGCAGACCAUCAUCUGUAUGUAACAACACGAAGUGCGGCGAUUUAAUACACACCAACCAAAAAAAAUAUAAAGAAAAGAAAAUAAAGCAAAGUGAAGGAAAAAUAGUAAAACGUAAAGAAAAUAAUUAGAGUUAAUUAGUGGUGGUUUAGUUUUAUUUUCCACACUUCAUUUUGAAAGUAAGUUUGGAUUUUUCUUCCCAAGCGAGACGUACCGAAUUCGUUCACCGUACUCUCGCGAGGCGCGUGGAAACAACCAGCUUAUCGAAAACCGAAGAAAAGUGGUAUCGAGAUAAUAAGGAGAGAGAAAAGAAAAAAAAAAACGAGUGCCUAAAACAAGGGAGAAAACUGCCCCCCAAUCGAGACCGGCGGCAGGCAACAAGUGUUGUGCCUAGUUAACUAGAGCUAGUGGAUUCGUAAUUCGGAAAACAAAACGACAAACGGAGUAGAAGUGACAGAAGCAGACUGAAGUAGAUUCCCCUACUAGUAGUUUCCUCAACACCGGUCCGCGAAAAAGAAGAAAAAAAAGGUUGCAUUCCACCCACCCCGGCCUAGCUAAGCUAAGAUUGAUCGAUUUUAAUCUUUCCUUCUCCCUUCGAGUGGGUGGAUACCAGAAACGGCAGCAAGCUGGAGUACCUAAACAUGGAUUUCGACGACGGGGACCUGAAGGAGCUUUGGGAGGCAGAUUUCGAUGCGAUGCAAGACACACUGAAAAUGUCCAGCUACGGCGACAUGCAGGACUGGAUGGAUCGCGACUCGAAGCUGCCACCGGUGAUUCUGAACGAUAAACUCAUGACCGAUGCCAUUAUCGGCGGCUCGGGCAUGCCCCCGAUCAAAACAGAGCACUCCUACAGCCUCAACUCGGACGGCGACUCGAUCUCGGACACCCUGCCAGAUUCCCCGCACAGCAUGCAGAACAAAAUGGAUGAUAUGGAGGAAGAAUGCUAUCCCGCCAUCAGUAUGAACGGGCACAACAAGCAGCAUCUCAUCCACCGACACCCACACCUGCCAGCGAUGCUUUCGGCGGCCAGUGGCACAGUUCUGUCCGCUCUGAACAGCGCCAAUUUCAAGGCGGCCAACUCACCCGGGGUGGCCAGUUUUAACCUUCUCAGCACACUGGUUCAGCAACAGUCCAGCAGCAAUUCCAUCCAAUCUCAUCAGCCACAGUUGGUCCUGGGCCAUCCCAUAAGCCUCAACAACAACCAUCUCACCAUCAACAACAAUCUGACCACCACCAAGGAUGGUCUGAGCAGUGGCAGCAGUUUACUUAUCAGCUCCGGGGGAAUUAGCAAACGAAGCUGCUCGAACGAUUCUUCCUCGUCCAGUUCCGGUAGUGUGGCAUCGGACAUCGAAAUCGAAGAGUUCGCCGUCAAAGAGGAACCCAUGUCCCCCGGCUCAAGCUGUCCACCUUCACCUUCCGGGGCAGGAGCAGGUGGAGGAACGGUACUCAACGGUUAUUCUAUUUCGACAGUUAACCUCGCCUCGCUUGCGGCCAGCACACAGUCCGAUUUGGUGCUGGAUCACAAGAAUGUCACCCUUCAGCUCACACCCGCCUCUCAUAGUCUGCUCAAGAGCCAGCAGAUCGUUCUGAAUGGGAACACAAUCUGCACAACGAGCAGCAGCAAUUCAAUACCCGCCUCUUCCAUCGGACCGAAGAUUGUGAUGUCCAAGCUGAACAUCAAAAUGGAACCACAAUCCUCGUCCUCCACAACCUCUCCGUUCGGUUUGCCUCCGACGCCUCCUUCCUCGCUGCCGAGCGACGAAUCCGAGGGCAAUCAGAGUCCGGAGCAUCACACAGCGCCCAUGUCCCCGCCAAACGGAAUUUCGGCAGCUUCACCGGCGAGCAGUUGCAGCAGUUCACCCUCCAGCCGGCGAACAUCGGUUAAUGCAGCAGGCAAUUCGUCAUCAUCACAAGGCCUUGUGGUGACGACAGCCCGGAUAAGUUCCAGCAGCUCCAGCCAGCAGCAGCAGGGCGCUACGCCGAUGACCCGGCAGCCGAUUCACACCCCGCUCAUCAGCAGUCAACCGAAGGGUUCUACCGGUACUCUUAUCCUCACGGAAGAGGAAAAGCGCACCCUCCUGGCAGAAGGCUAUCCGAUCCCCACGCGGCUUCCUCUCACCAAAGCCGAAGAGAAAUCACUCAAAAAGAUCCGGCGGAAGAUCAAAAACAAGAUCUCCGCCCAGGAAAGCCGCCGGAAAAAGAAGGAGUACAUGGACCAGCUCGAGCGCCGCGUCGAGAUACUGGUGUCGGAGAAUCUCGAUUACCGGAAGCGGGUGGAAUCGCUGGAGGAUUCCAACCAGAAUCUGAUAACGGAGCUGGCCAAGUUGCGAACGCUCGUUGCCAGUCGGCAGCAGGCAGCAGCCGAAGGUCGCAAAAUGUAAGCGAACGUGGCGUUGCGAAACGAAAAGUUAGUUGCGUUAUUUAUUUGUUGUUGCGUAACGUUUUGAGGUUUUUGAAAGUAUCUCUGGAUUUCCUAAAAAUGUAACAUUAUGUACAAAGUAAUUACGAAGUUAAUAAGUGCUUAUUCGUCGAGCGUCUCGUGUGCGGGAAAUUUCUGUCGACUUGUUGAAUCGACUCGAUUGUUUUUUUGUUAGAUUAAAAAAAAAGUUCUAUUGUUAUUCUUUUGUUUGUAGAAAAAAUUGUUUGUGCAAUAUUUUUUAGUGAAUCUUGUCUUCCGGUUUUCUGUUGAGUUUCUACUUUUUAAAAUUGAUUUUCCGUUGUUUUAUGCAACUCGUGUUUGGCUAUAAUUUCGUUGUUUGAUGCAAAAUCAUCGAGAGAGAAAAGAAAAACUAACUAAAUUCAACUAUAACGAAUAUAAAGUGCAUUCCAUUUUACAGAUAGCUUAGUAGUUAAUGAUAAUAUGAAUAAUUGUUGCUAUUAUUAUAAUGAUAAUUUAUUUAGGCCAAAUAGAUAAGCUUUAAGUAAGGAUAUUUUGCUCCGGCGAUAAGUAUUUUGUAUGCAAAGGGAAAAACCGACCAAGAUUAUUUUUAGCUCGAUUUAUUCUCGUGUAAAUAGGAUCGUCACUAGAAAAAAAGGGAAACACAAUCAAAACGAUUGAAAGGAUCAAGUGUGCCUUGGGUAUUUCCAUUGAAAAGCGUUACACCAUCGUUUUGCUUGAGCGAAAACGAGAUGAAAAAGCACGCUUUUCCAUUUUCUUUGCGCAGGAAGCGGAAAAGUUGAACAUGUUUCCAAAACCGACCACAAGUGGCGCUGUACUGGCACAAAGCGUCCAUUCACAUAUAAGCUUUUUAUUCACCACAGCUUUACGGAAGUUUGAUUUCCCCUUCGCACAAAAACUGGACACUGAAAUAAAACACAUGGUUAGUUGAAGAUGCGAGGAAGAAUAAACAACUGAAGAAAUAUUCGUAACAUUUUUCGUUACAUUCACUGUGCAGGUUUAGGAUUAGGUUUCAUUUGUAAUAUUCCACUUCAUUUGUAAAGAAAAAUGAUAAGCAAACCAACAACAAAGUCGACUAUCCGGGUAAAACAAACAUGAUUAGAAGGAAAAAGCUCGUAAUUUAGGAAUGUUAUAUUUGUGUACGGAAUUGUUAGCCAGCAACUCAAAAUUCGAUCCCGUUUUCGAAAGUUCCGUUUAUUCAAACCCAGGUGUUCGUAUAGGUUUUUCAUGUUGAAAUUCAUUCUUUGAUCUAAGGCAAACAUUUCUCAUAUUAUUUUCAAAAUGAAAAGUCACACUCAUUUCGGCUUGUUCCAGUUGUUUGGUUAAAUGGAAAAGAUGAAAAGUCAUUUAUAAACUAGCUAGAACGACAUAGGAAAAGAAAAGUCACGAUUUAAGUAUAAUUAAAGCGUUCUAAGAACUAGCGCAUCAAAAUGCAAAUAAGGCUAAUAAUGAUAUUUUCCAUAGCGUUAAGCUCGAUAGACAAGUACUGAAUCACAAAUAUUUCAACAAUGAAAUCGUAUAUUGAGAGGAGAGAAAUAUAUUUUAUAUAAAAGUGUACAUUGCAAGACAUGCGAUAGAGUAACCAAACUUUUUAUGCUAACCUUUAACAAGGAUCAGAUAUUCAGAAACCUUAAAAUAGGAAAUAGAUCCUACAAGUGCUAGGACAACUAAGAUGAAAGUCUGACAGCCGCAGCAGUCUUUAGCCGGGAAAUAUUCUUUAAUUUGAAGAGUAUACUUAUUAUCAAGUGGGCAUACUUGAAUGAACCUAUUCGAAGCCCCGAGAGACCAUUUCCAACACUAUUAAUUACUAAAUAUAACCGAGAACCUAAUCAGUUCUGAACGAGUGAUAAAAUCAUUCUGACCACUACUGAAGGAAGAAAAAGAAAUCGUUGAAGUUAGAUAAGUAAAUCUAUUUCUGCCAUUUUAAUUAUUAGUUUUCGAAAAUGCUAGAUUCGUAAAUAGACACUAUUGAAUUGAAAAGUUACUUAUAGUAUUUAGGCAUGAAAAUUAGUUUAUUGUAUAACUUUUGAUAUAAUGGAUAAUAGUUUUAACGAAGAAGAGCUACUUUUUUGUAUGACUGAUAAACUUAUUUAUAUUGAACCUUGCGGCUCAAUAGCGAUACAAGAUCACAUUGAAACGGAAAUGUGCGCUAGGCGACUUUUUUUUGAAUACCUUCCAAACAUUUGAUGCAACAUAAAAACACACACACAGACAAAAACCACACGGCUAAUCAUUGUGCAAUUUAUCCCUUAUGAAAUCUUCUUAUUUAAAUUGUUAUACUAUUUUGUUAACGUUUAUGUCACUUUCUAUAUUUUAAAGCAUCGGUUAAAUACGUUACCUACAUCAUUUAUAUGAGCCUAUGCAUAAGCUGCUGAAGAUAACUUAACUACUUGGUAAGCAAAUAUGCGAACGAAAUGAUUUGCAAAAUUGUUCGCUUCUCCGAAACAGAGGAGACCCAACACCUUAUUUAAAAUGGUCUGAGCUAUUAAACUUACAUAACAGAAGAAACAUAAAACAAACCAGAAUUGCAUACCGCGAAAAGAGACUUGCAAGGAAGUGCAUUUACAAAAUGACUGUCAUAACUUAAAACCUAUUUUACCGAAAGGUAGAUUCAUAACUACCGAACAGCAGAACAUAAGAAGAAGAAAAAAAAGCAUUGUAUUCUGAUCAAGAAUGAAGUGUCAAAUUAUGCAACAUUCAACCAGCACACACAUACGAAGUAAUAAAAAAAAAUGAAAAUAAUCAAAACUAUCGAAAAAUGAGUCAAUGCAGGGUGAUGUGGAUUCCAAUCACAGCAACCACUGAAAACCAAUUUCGUAAAACGGUAAAUAAAAUUUAAACGAAACGCUCCGUAAUUGCAAAACGCGAAAAUAAAAUCUGUAUAUGAGAUAAAAAAAAGAA